CUGACGAUGGUGUCAGCGGCUGGGUUCUGGGGAACUUGAAGGGCGAUUCCGACUUUGGACUUGAGCACCGCCUGGGACCCGGGCUGAGAGAGCCAGUAUGACUCAGUGGAAUCAAGUCCAACAGUUAGAAAUAAAAUUUUUGGAGCAAGUUGAUCAAUUCUAUGAUGACAACUUUCCUAUGGAAAUUCGGCAUCUGUUGGCCCAGUGGAUUGAAAAUCAAGACUGGGAGGCAGCAUCUAACAAUGAAUCCAUGGCAACAAUUCUUCUUCAAAACUUGUUAAUACAACUGGAUGAACAGUUAGGUCGCGUUUCCAAAGAGAAAAAUCUGCUUUUAAUACACAACCUAAAAAGAAUUAGGAAAGUCCUUCAGGGAAAAUUUCAUGGAAAUCCGAUGCAUGUGUCUGUGGUUAUUUCAAAUUGUUUAAGGGAAGAGAGGAGAAUAUUGGCUGCAGCCAACAUGCCUGUUCAGGGACCUCUGGAGAAAUCCUUACAAAGUUCUUCAGUUUCAGAAAGACAGAGGAAUGUGGAGCACAAAGUGGCUGCCAUUAAAAAUAGUGUGCAGAUGACAGAACAAGACACCAAAUAUUUAGAAGAUCUGCAAGAUGAAUUUGACUACAGGUAUAAAACAAUUCAGACAAUGGAUCAGGGUGACAAGAACAGCGCCCUAAUGAAUCAGGAAGUUUUGACUCUGCAGGAAAUGCUGAACAGCCUGGACUUCAAAAGAAAGGAAGCCCUCAGUAAGAUGACACAAAUAGUGAAUGAGACGGACUUGUUAAUGAACAGCACCCUGGUGGAGGAGCUGCAAGACUGGAAGAGGCGGCAACAAGUCGCCUGCAUCGGAGGUCCACUCCACAAUGGGCUCGACCAGCUCCAAAACUGCUUUACACUGUUGGCAGAAAGUCUGUUCCAACUCAGAAGGCAGUUGGAGAAAUUAGAGGAGCAGUCUACCAAAAUGACAUAUGAAGGGGAUCCCAUCCCACUGCAAAGAACACAUCUGCUAGAAAGAGUCACCUUCUUGAUCUGCACCCUUUUUAAGAACUCAUUUGUGGUUGAACGACAGCCAUGCAUGCCAACCCACCCUCAGAGGCCGAUGGUACUUAAAACUCUCAUUCAGUUUACUGUGAAGCUAAGACUACUGAUAAAAUUACCAGAACUAAACUAUCAGGUAAAGGUGAAAGCAUCGAUUGACAAGAACGUUUCAACUCUAAGCAAUCGAAGAUUUGUGCUUUGUGGAACUCACGUCAAAGCCAUGUCCAUUGAAGAAUCUUCCAGUGGGAGUCUCUCUGUAGAAUUUCGGCAUUUGCAACCAAAGGAAUUGAAGUCUAGUACUGGAAACAAAGGAAAUGAGGGCUGUCACAUGGUGACUGAGGAGCUUCAUUCCAUAACAUUUGAGACACAGAUCUGCCUCUACGGCCUCACCAUAGAUUUGGAGACCUGCUCAUUACCUGUGGUGAUGAUUUCCAAUGUCAGUCAGUUACCUAACGCUUGGGCAUCCAUCAUUUGGUACAACGUGUCAACCAAUGAUUCCCAGAACUUGGUUUUCUUUAAUAACCCUCCGUCUGCCACUUUGAGUCAACUCCUGGAAGUGAUGAGCUGGCAGUUUUCAUCAUAUGUUGGCCGUGGCCUGAACUCAGAUCAACUCAAUAUGCUGGUCGAAAAACUUACAGUCCAGUCUAGCUACGGUGAUGGUCAUCUCACGUGGGCCAAGUUCUGCAAGGAGCACUUACCUGGUAAAUCAUUUACCUUUUGGACAUGGCUUGAAGCAAUAUUAGACCUAAUUAAGAAACACAUUCUUCCCCUUUGGAUUGAUGGGUAUGUCAUGGGCUUUGUUAGCAAAGAGAAGGAACGACUCUUGCUAAAGGAUAAAAUGCCGGGAACCUUUUUGUUAAGAUUCAGUGAAAGCCACCUUGGAGGAAUAACUUUCACCUGGGUGGACCAUUCUGAAAAUGGAGAAGUGAGAUUCCACUCUGUAGAGCCCUACAACAAAGGCCGGUUGUCUGCUCUGCCAUUUGCUGACAUCCUUCGAGACUACAAGGUUAUUAUGGCUGAAAACAUUCCUGAAAACCCUCUGAAGUACCUCUAUCCUGAUAUUCCCAAAGACAAAGCCUUCGGUAAACACUACAGCUGCCAGCCAUGUGAAGUUUCAAGACCAACAGAAAGGGGAGACAAAGGUUAUGUCCCUUCUGUAUUUAUCCCCAUCUCAACAAUCCGAAGUGAUUCAACGGAAACACAUUCUCCAACAGACCUUCUUCCCAUGUCACCAAGUGUGUACGCAGUGCUGAGAGAAAACCUGAGUCCCACAACAAUUGAAACUGCGAUGAAGUCUCCCUAUUCUGCUGAAUGACACGAUAAGCUCUUGACACUCAAAAGAAGGAAGCAAAUGAAAAAGUUUAAAGACUGAUCUUUGCCAACAAUCACAUCUUGUUUCUUCAGCUUUGUAUAUACCGAUUUCCAGGAAAUGGUUAAGUUCAAAGCUUUCCUCUCACUGGUAUGACACCCCCAAAUGGGAAUGUCAUGAUUGAAAUGCUAAAAACCAAAGCUUCAGAUAAAACACUUUAAGAAACCAAUGUUAAUAUAAUAUUAACAAAAGA